UGGCGCUCACCACCGUAAACAUCGCGACCCUGUACUCGUCAGCGCAAUGCGUGCUUUCGGUCGUCGGGUCUGUGGGCGUGAUCUUGCUCUUCGCUGGGAUUCCGCAGCUCAUCUACUCCGACGUCAUCAGCGUGGCGAACCUCUUGACGUUUAUUCUAGGAGCGGUUCUCAUCACGACGAUGGUAGCCGGCAACUCCUUCCUUAAUUACAAGUACCGCAGAAUCACGAGGGCGGCGCAGGAGAGCGGGCGUGACAGUUCCGAGGCGGGCACAUCCCAGGCAGACACAGAGGAUAAGCCACCAAGCUACGACGCCAUUCUAGACUCCGACGGCCUUCCGCCCAACUAUUACAGCGUGGUGUCCGAGAAACCACCGAGAUAUGAAGACAUUAUUGGGGGGAGGUGCACAGAAGCCAGUUCGGAGACGCAGCCACAGUGCGAGCAGAGUCCAGCAGCCACGGUACCCCCUCCGCUCGAGAUCAUACAGACUCCGGCAGAGGUCAACGUCGUGCUGCAGGAGGGACAGCCCAAGAGUAUCGUCCUAGAUCACAGAGAAACGUCCUCCUCCGCCGCCGCACCGAAGGACGUUGUUAGCAAGCUCGGGUGCGAGAAUCCCUCCUUCGACAGACAUGAGACUGAUUUCGCGGAGGCUACGUGCACUCGCCUUAACGAAUCGGAGUCGUAGAAGAGGAUAGUGCAAAGCGGCCUGUCGGUUUUCGACGGGCAUGUUCAAAGAGGGAAAAGCAAUGGCGACGGUCCUGUUUGAUAAUUGUGCAAUAAUACUUGUAACAACGAAAUAGGGGAAAUAGGAAUUGUAGUAGGUCAUGGCAGACGGAAGACCUGUGACGAUAGCCAUAUGGUUGUCUUAUUCUUAGAGACGCAGAAAGACCUGUUGACGAUAGACCUACGUGAAUGCCUCGAUCCUAGAGACUUAAAUGUCCGGAAAAAAAACGAGAUAGGCCUAUACGACUGUCUCGUUCCUAAUUACCUUAAAUACCUGUGCCCAUGGGCCUAUAUAAUUGUCUCGUUCUUUAAGGCUAGACAGACCUUAGGCGAUGGGUCACAGGUCUUCAUAAAGAAAUAAAAACUGUCACUAAGCCUGCAUUAUUGUCUCGUUCCUAGAGACGCCAAAGACCUGUAACUAUAGGCCUUCAAGACUUUCCUCUUCCCAGAGACUUCAGAUCUAUUACGGUAGGACUAUAUGAUUGUCUUGUUCCUAGACCUGUGACCAUAGGCUUGUAUGAUUUGUCUCGUUCCAAGAGGCGUAAAAAAAAAACCUGUGACGACAGGCCUAUAUGAAUGCCUUGUUCCUAGAGAACGUAAAAAGCCGUUGAGAUUCACCUAUGAUUGUUUCGUUUCUAGAAACAUAAGACCUGUUACGAUAGGCCUACAUGACUCGUUCCUAGACGUAAAAGACCUGUGACUGUAGGCCUAGAUGAUUGCCUCGUUCCAAGAGGCGUAAAAUGACCUGUGACGACAGGCCUACAUACUGCAAAUGCGUUGUUACUAAGAGCGUAAAAAGUUGAGAUAGACCUAUACAAUUGUCUCGUUCCUGGAGGCGAAAAGACCUGUGACGAGAGGCCGUGUGAUUGCCGACUGCGCGCCUCGGGUCGCGCGAUGAAACUAGUCGUGUUCCUUUAGUCAAAGAGGAUUAUUUACACACUUUUACUUUUAAACCAUUAACUUUAUUGUGGCCAGUGUUAAGGAGAUCUUUGUUGUAGUCUUUGUAAAAUAGUACUGUAUUUCAUUGUGUAUUAAAGUACCUGUCUUUAUGAUUCAGUGAUCUAAUGCAUUUAUCAUUGUAUUAUUAUUUGUGUAAUAUUUUAUUUGUUAUAUUUAUUAACCCUUUUGAAUGAACAGUUUGCAACCAAAACCAAGCAAAAUAUAUGGAUAUCAUUACCUUGCAAAGUAUCUGAAAACCUGUAUGUAUCAUACAAUGCACUUUCUAUACAUCUAUAUUAUUGCUAACAGGAAAACGCAGCCAUGCAAGCAAUAUUUAUCACCCUCGGUAUGUGAGAAAGGCUUAUCAAUUGUACAGAUGUAUGACGUGUUCGCAUAUCAGAGAAUAUAAAUAUCGAUUACCUGUACGCUCUGCAACUCGGCUUGGCCAACAGACCAGCAAAGGUUUUUCUAAUUCUUGAAGAUGAGGGAAAAUCGAGUAACCAGUCAGGAAAGAUGGCAUUGUCUCGAGCAUAUAUUAUAAGGACAACAAGUGCUUCGAAAGACGUGGCGUGAUGCAACAAAUACUACAGGAAUGAAACUUAGAUAAACAUGUUUAGGGGGGAAAUACAUUUCCAAGAAUUUGCAAGGAAGACUGAUAUCUAUUUUCUACGUGAUUUCCGACAAGGUCUCCGGCUGGUUGUGAUACUCGCUCUAGGUUUAAGUAAUUGCUACUAUAUUUGUGAUAGACAUUUUCUAAUUAAUAAUAAAAAAAAAAAAUCUAC